UUUUCUUUCCUGAAAGUUUGAUGACGUUGUGAGUUUGAGUGCACUGCGGGAAACAGGGGAGGCAGGUUAAAGUUAGCUUCAGUAUGCCCAUGUUUUGAAGGCUUUUUCUUUUAGUUUUUUAUUAUUUAAUCUACGCUAGAAGAGACGUGGAGGAGAGCAGGAGCUGUGGCAGUUGGUUCGCUGCAGUGUUAUGUUAGCAGCUAACUAGUUAGCUAGGUUAGCUAGCAAGGCAGCUAACUAAGUUAGCUAACACCAGCUGGACAUAAACACAGCAGAUAGCCAGCCAGCUGAUUAGCCAGUUUAACGUUAGAUUUAGAUAGUUAACCCUAGGUUAUGUAAGGAAAGGAUUCAGCGUUUCUGUGUAUUUUGCGGAUAUUUUUUUUUGUCCAGAAUGGCUGAUAACUUGCUUAAGGAGAGUCCUUUAUUAGUUGCACUUGAUAAGAACAGGACUGUUUACGACGGAUUCAUCUCAGUACAGGAGAAAGACUUCAGAUUGAGAAUAUCUCUGCCCCCAGACCAUCAGCUGAAACGGGCAAAAUUGCACUGUUGCUGGCAACUAAAACAGCUACUGAAAAAUUAUCAAGAUAUCGUAAAACAGAGGUUGCAUCAUUCUUCAGAUUUGGUCAGUUUUAUUUUGGAGCUGAGGACAAUACUGGAAUUGGCUUUGAAGAGCCAGCCAGGAUGGCAGUCCAUCCCACCACCUCAGUACUAUUCACAGCUCAUCACAGAAAUAGAGGAUCUAGGAUGGGAUAAGCUGCUCUUCAUCGAUACAAAUUUCCAAAGUCUUCAGCUGAAGGCAGAGGACUCUUCUGGUCGACAACAUUCUAUUACAGUCAAGCUUAAGUCCAAGUACCCAGGUGAAGCUCCAGAAUGCUCUGCAGACCUCCCAGUCCCACUGGUCAUUACAUGGACCUCCCAGAGCACUCUAGCUCACAUCCAUAGCCAGUUCCUGCUGAUUGUGGAAGCUUUGGCUGAGUUCUGGGCAGUGCUGGACGAGAUUGAUGAGCACACUUGGGUGUUGGAACCUGAAAAACCCACCAGAGCUGACUCCAUGAGGAGAAUCGCCAUUGGAAACAACGUCUCCAUAAAGCUCGAGAUUGAUCCCAGACAUCCCAAGAUGUUGCCAGAGUGCUGCCUGCUGGGAGCUGAGCACGUGGUCACCCCCCUGAGGAAUAAGCUGAAUGCUAACAUGCAUUUAUGGAACCCUGACUGCAGUGUCCUACAGAAUAUGAAGGAUGUUAUGGAGAUAGAAUUCCCGUCGCCUGCCACCCACGAAAAAUCUAGCUUCAGUGUGGAGUGCGGCAUCUGCUAUGCUUAUCGUCUCGAUUCGGCCAUCCCAGAUCAAGUCUGCAAUGACCCACGCUGCGGGCAGCCAUUUCAUCAGGCCUGUCUCUAUGAGUGGCUGAGAGGUUUGCCCACCAGUCGUCAGAGCUUUAAUCUUGUGUUUGGUGAAUGUCCCUACUGCAGUAAGCCCAUUACCGUGAAAAUGGAUGUUCAAAAAUCAUAACCUGCACAAAGUGAAUCUACAGUAUUUCAGUGCUAAGGCAAUGCUGAAGUGUUUGAUCUUGGAAUAUUAGUGUAAAACAACGCCAUGUUUAAAAAAACUCUGCCAGCAUAAUGAGAAGCACAGCAACGACAAUGCCUGCAUACAUUUUGCGGCUCCAGUGUGUACGGUUUAUGUUUUGUGCGUUAUUGCAGUUACUGUGAUUGUGCCUGUACCAGUCAUCUCUACCAUCAUAAUCACUCCUACUCCAUUGCUGUCCAUCAUUCUCCCAGUCGACUUCCUCCCAGAAGGUAUGAUUCUGGUUCUUCCAGUAGCCCUCGUCACUGGGUCUUCUUGCGCUGUAGUCAUCAUAUGAGUGACCGUUUCUUCCCCAGUGGUCAGGGACAUCUGUGUUAUACUUCGGGCGAAGAAUUUGGUCCCUCUGUCGUCUUCUCGUGGGCAGCCAGGCCUCAUCCUCAUCCUCAUCUGUUCUCCUGGUUGUAGACACUGGAGCCAACUUGUUUUUCCCACCAAAAUAAAUAUAUAGUAUUUUCCAUCUCAGUGUUAUUAGUAGUGUUCAUACAACAAAAAAUAAA